AGUCAAAAACCAGAGAAAAAUAUUCCAUGUUCCUCCGCUCGAUAUUUACUAGCUCUCCAUUCCCCGUUUACAGCAAACCUAUCAUCACUCUCUUCUUGACAAACCGCCGCCGCUUCCCCCAUCUGUUCUCCCCCUACGCCACCGUAAAACCUCAGAUGGAUGCCGGCGAUGCCUCCGAGGACACUUUGCGCGGCAUCCUAGCGGAGAAGCAGGCCUCCGUUGAUUUACAGGCUGACAUCGUGCGGAAGCUCAAGGCGGAAGCGGCCGCGCCGGUGGACAUUGAGGCUGCCAUCGAGUCACUCAAGGCCCUCAAGAUGGAGGUCUCAGCCGUUGCUAAACAUCUCCAGGCUAUUGUCAGCAGCAGUGCUGGCGUCUCCGGCGAUCGCGAGGCUUUCCGCCAAGUGGUCGUGAAUACGCUGGAGCGGAGACUCUUCUAUAUACCCUCUUUCAAGAUCUACCGAGGCGUCGCUGGCCUCUAUGACUACGGCCCUCCUGGGUGUGCCAUUAAGUCCAAUGUCCUCGCCUUUUGGCGCCAGCAUUUUGUUUUGGAGGAGAACAUGCUCGAGGUGGACUGCCCUUGCGUUACGCCAGAGGUAGUCCUGAAGGCAUCGGGGCACGUAGAGAAGUUCACGGACUUAAUGGUGAAGGAUGAAAAGACAGGAUCGUGCUAUCGGGCUGAUCAUUUGCUCAAAGACUUUUGCAAGGAGAAACUAGAGAAAGAUUCCACACUUUCAUCUGUGAAGGUAGCUGAAUUGAAGCAUGUUUUGGCUGUUUUGGACGACUUGUCUGCCGAGGAACUGGGUGCAAAGCUGAAGGAGUAUGAUAUCACCGCUCCUGAUACCAAGAGCCCUCUCUCUGAUCCUUACCCCUUUAAUCUCAUGUUUCAAACUUCGAUUGGUCCAUCCGGUUUGAGCCCUGGGUAUAUGAGACCAGAGACGGCACAGGGCAUCUUUGUUAAUUUUAAGGAUCUGUAUUAUUACAAUGGCAAUAGACUUCCAUUUGCAGCAGCUCAGAUUGGACAGGCCUUCCGAAAUGAGAUUUCACCAAGGCAAGGCCUGCUGAGAGUUCGUGAGUUCACAUUGGCAGAGAUUGAGCAUUUUGUGGAUCCUGAAGACAAAUCCCAUCCUAAGUUUGUUGAUGUGGCUGACAUAGAGUUCCUGAUGUUUCCAAGGGAACUGCAAAUGACAGGCGAAUCAGCAAAACCAAUGGUUAUUGGAGAAGCUGUUAGGAAGGGAACCGUCAACAAUGAGACUCUCGGUUACUUUAUUGGGAGAGUAUACCUCUUCCUGACCCGCCUUGGUAUCGACAAAGAACGCCUUCGUUUUCGGCAGCAUUUACCAAAUGAGAUGGCUCACUAUGCUGCAGACUGUUGGGAUGCUGAGAUAGAGUGUUCGUAUGGAUGGAUUGAAUGUGUUGGAAUUGCAGAUAGAUCCGCCUAUGAUUUACGUGCUCAUACGGACAAAAGUGGUGUUCCGCUGGUUGCUCAUGAGAAGUAUCCAGAACCCAGAGAAGUUGAGAAGCUAGUGAUUACUCCAUCAAAGAAAGAGUUGGGCCUUGCAUUCAAGGGCAACCAAAAGAUGGUCGUUGAAGCAUUAGAGGCCCUGAACCAUGCAGAAGCUUUAGAAAUAAAAGCUGCGCUUGAAUCUAAAGGAGAAGUAGAAUUUGAAGUUUGCACUCUGGGCAAAUCAGUCAUUAUAAAGAAAAACAUGGUCUCAAUCAGCAUCGAAAAGAAAAAGGAGCACCAGCGGGUCUUUACUCCAUCUGUUAUCGAGCCUUCCUUUGGUAUCGGACGGAUUAUUUACUGCCUCUUUGAGCAUUCCUUCUAUACAAGGCCAAGCAAGUCGGAAGACGAGCAACUGAAUGUGUUCAGAUUUCCUCCUCUCGUAGCUCCUAUCAAAUGCACUGUUUUUCCUCUGAUCAAGAGCCAGCAGUUCGAUGAGGUGGCCAAAGUCAUUGCGAGAUCCCUGAGGUCUGCUGGGAUAUCUCAUAUUAUUGACAUCACUGGCACAUCGAUAGGGAAGCGCUAUGCAAGGACGGAUGAGAUUGGUGUUCCUUUCGCAAUCACCGUCGACUCCACUUCAAGUGUGACAAUACGCGAGAGAGAUAGCAAGGAGCAAAUUCGUGUGAGAAUUGAUGAAGUGGCUUCUGUGGUGAAGGAAGUUACAGAUGGUCAAAGCACCUGGGCUGAUAUCAUGUGGAGAUUCCCAACCCAUUCUGCAUCACAUGUUGAUGAGUGAAGGUUCAGGUCAGUCCCUCAGCAGUCGAUACUUCUAAAAUUUAGUGACUAAACAUAAUUUCAUUUUGUUGCUGUUGUACCGAAACUAGCCGCCAUUUUUGCCAGAUGGCAUGAUUAAGUUUUGACAUUUGGUGCA